GAACAAACGCAGUUUAUAGCUAGAGAAUGGCUGAAGAAGCUUCAAAAUUUUAAAAUACCUGAGGAAUCUGUUGAUUUCACAUUCUCUAGAAGCUCUGGGAAGGGUGGUCAGAAUGUUAAUAAAACUUCGAGUAAAGCUACAGCCAGGAUGCAAGUGAAGCAGAACUGGUUACCUAAAUACGUCCAUAAUGCACUUCGUGAGGACGCACAUUAUGUGAAGUCAUCUGAUAGCGUUGUCGUCAGUGAUUCAUCGACGAGAUCGGCAGCUCAGAAUAGCCGGAUUGCAUCUCAUCGCUUGGAGAGUAUAAUAACGAUAGCGAGUGAGAAGGGUGUGAUCAAUGAGACGUCCCCUGGUAAAGCUCAGCGCGUCGAUAAUUUCAAGCGAAAAGAAAAAGCAAACAUGGAGAAAAUGAAGAAAUAUCAGAAAGAAAAGAAAGCAUUACGGAGA